GGUGUGUUUGGUUCUUUUGGAUCCAUUUUGUUCUCCCAAAUCUCCUCUUUCUUCUUUCCUCUCUCUCUCUUUCUCUCGGUCAUCAUCUCCUAAUUGAAAAGAUAAAGGAAAAAGGAAGAGAGGAAGAAGGGAAUUGAGAAAAGAAAUUGGAGUUUUGGGUGUGUGUUUCAGAGUUGAUACAAACAAGAGUCGGAGAUUUGGGCUUCAGAGGGCAUUUUAUUGCUUAAGAAUGGAUUUUGAUAAUAUUGAAUGCCUUUCGACCGUAGAUGAGGCUGAGAUCCAUCACCAUAAUCCACACCCUGGCCCUGCCUACCAUCAACCCCCGUCGUCGAAACCUCAUAAUGCCACUAGAAACAGCAUCGAUAAUGGUAAUAACAUCAACAAUCUCGGAAUUCCAACGGCGGUCGCUCCAGCUUCCAGCGUCAGUGAAUUGUUAGAAUGCCCUGUUUGUACCAAUUCUAUGUACCCGCCGAUCCAUCAGUGCCCCAAUGGACAUACACUUUGUUCUACCUGUAAAAUCCGAGUACACAACCGGUGCCCGACUUGUAGACAUGAACUCGGUGAUAUUAGAUGUUUAGCAUUGGAGAAAAUAGCAGAGUCCCUUGAAUUGCCCUGCAAAUACUACACGUUGGGGUGCUCGGAAAUAUAUCCCUACUACAGCAAACUCAAGCAUGAGGGAAUUUGCAACUACAGACCAUACAAUUGUCCCUAUGCUGGUUCGGAGUGUUCCGUUGUUGGGGAUAUUCCUUUCCUCGUUGCCCAUCUGAGGGAUGACCAUAAGGUGGACAUGCACACCGGCUCCACAUUUAACCAUAGAUACGUGAAAUCCAACCAUCGGGAAGUUGAAAAUGCUACUUGGAUGCUGACGGUGUUCCAUUGUUAUGGUCAGUAUUUCUGCCUACACUUUGAAGCCUUCCAGUUGGGAAUGACUCCUGUCUACAUGGCAUUUCUUCGUUUCAUGGGUGACGAGACGGAGGCUAGGAACUAUAGCUACAGCCUAGAAGUUGGAGGAAAUGGCCGGAAACUUACAUGGGAAGGCACCCCACGCAGCAUCCGUGAUAGUCACCGGAAAGUCAGGGACAGCCAUGAUGGUCUAAUCAUCCAACGAAACAUGGCACUUUUCUUCUCUGGUGGGGAUAGAAAGGAGCUAAAGCUGAGGGUUACAGGAAGGAUAUGGAAGGAAGAACAAAAUCCAGAUGCUGGUAUGUGCAUACCGAACUAAUGUAGCUGAGACAAUUGAUUCUGACAACUUUUUUUUCUGUCUGUUUCGAUCUGUUUUUCAGUGUGUUCAACCGCUCUCUGCCAACCCGUUUCUGGUAUAUUGUAAUGGAUGAAAAUUUUCAGCUUCAAUG